AUGGAACCGCAAGGUUCUUCCGAGUCAUCUUCGUCAUCAAAUCAAACAAAAAUUUUUUAUUUUCUCGAUGACGAGACAACCCCAUAUGUUUCCGUAAUUGAGGCACGAGGAGGUGUUGUAACGCUCGGCGACUUUAAAAAUUCGUUCACAAAACGAGGCUAUAAAUAUUUCUGCAAAGAAUUAGAUAACGAUAUCAAAUGCGAGGUCAAAGUUGAGCUAACAGAUGAUAAUGAUCGAUUGCGAAAGUCUCAGAAUGGAUUUUAUGAAGUCUUUCUCGUAAGCACGCCAGGUUAUGGAACGUUACCAAGGAAUAGCGGAACACUUACGAGAAAAUUGAAGGGAACCAUUGACAGAAGACGACGACGUUCUGCCGAUCUUGAUGCUGUUCCUUAUUCAGAUGCUAGUCUAGCUCCCAGCACUAUAGUUAGCCGACGUGCUGGUGAGCAACUCGCUGAGCUUUACACUUCAAAUUCCGAGGACCCUUAUCAAUAUGAUGAUAGCACUAGGUUAACUGGGGAAUCGUCGCUGUAUGAACCGCUAGCAGCUCGCGAUAUGAAUAAGAUGUAUGAAGAUGAGCGGAAUCGAAGGAGAAAACCGAAAAAGGAAAGACAACGAAGGACGUAUGUUCCGAGUACGAUUAGUUCGGCGACAGAGUCGAGCGCUGGAAGCGGGUUGCCACGAAUUCUCGAAAUCUUUCUACCAAUGAAAAACGUGCCAUAUCUCGGUUUGAAUGUCUGCACUAUCGAUGGUCAUAUUUUUGUGUCGGAAAUCGCUCCUGGUGGCGCUGUUGAACGAGAUGGGCGAAUUGAAGUUGGAGAUCAGAUUCUUCAAGUCAAUCGCAUUUCGUUUGAAGAACUUACUGUACCACAAUCAGUCAGAGCUCUUCGAGAAGCUGCUGCCUCGAGAAAACCAAUGACGCUAUAUAUCAGUAAAAUUGUGAAAGGAGCGGACAGCGAAUAUGAAGAUCCGCUAGCUUCAAUCGCUUCAGAAACAAUGCCGUUGGAUGUUGGAGUAUGGGUCGAAACUGCCGUUCAAAAUACUGAAAAAAUGAAAGCGCUCGGAAUCGAUCCUCAAGAACAGACGACAACGACAUUCGAUGAAGGAACGCUGCCAUUUUCCACGACUGGAAGUGAUGAAGAAGAAAGAAUUCUUUAUGAUCAGCGAAGGAAUGGAAUUCCGAGAGCUUUACUCGAAGAAUGCGAAAGGCGGCGUGAGAAUGAUCAAAACGAGCGUGUUGAGAAGCUUUCGGAGCUUAUUGAUCCGCUAAUUGUUGUCAAAGCAAUGGCGCGUCCAGAUUCCGGGUUGCAAGUCAAAAAUCGAAAAUGGCUUAAAAUUCUAGUCCCAAUGUCAUUUAUAGGCCGUGAUUUGGUUGAAUGGCUCUUGGAGCAUGUUGUCGAUUUACGAGAUCGCAAAGCUGCAAGAACUUACGCUUCGAGACUUUUAGCGGCUGGUUUGAUUCGACAUGUGGUCAGCAAAUUGACGUUCACCGAGAAAUGCUAUUAUGUUUUUGGAGACGGUAUUUUACCACAAGAUCGGAAUACAACGGACAAUUCUGGCAAUAGUGGCGGUACUUUACGAGCCGAAGCAACCACUGAGGUCACUUAUGUUGGUUCGCCGGCACCGCAUGGAAGUUUCAAGAACAAAUGGGACGCCAAUCGACUCGGCGGCCCGCCUGGUGGCACUGUUGGACGGGCUAUUCCACCGCAUCGAUUGGAAACAACGACGUUGAGUCCAGUCGCGCAUGAUCGGACAUGGCUGAUGAGGCGAAGAGACUGUGAAAGCCCAAUGACGAAUGACUACGCUUCGAUGGUUGGCGAGAGCCAAGUUGGAGCAGGAACUUCUGGAGGAUAUCACGUGUUCGCCGGAAUUCACAAUGGCAGACCAGUAUGUCCACCGUCACAAGUCACUUCGUCGAGCAUAACCAAUGGUACAAGUGCUAUGGGCGGUCCUCCACCAACUCCUCUUUCAAGCACAAUGGCUCUUGCUCUACCUCAUCCAAGUCCUUGUGGCACUGAAUUUGAAGACGACGACAAACGGAGAAUAUUGAAAUCCUGA